GUGAACUGUUCCCACAUUUGGUGUAAUUGUUUUCAAUUGUAAAAGUGAUCUAAAGUAUUAUGACAUAAUAAGAGACGAUAACCAGUUGUAUUCAAAUAUGUGCUAAUGUUAUAUAAAAUAAUGGAGUUGAUAUUGACAUUAUCAUGGAUGACUUAACCAAUCAUCCUACGGUACGUGUUAAACGUAAAAAUUUGCGUGCUUUUUAUGAUAAUGCAGAGAAAAUUAGUGUCUUUUUCGCGGUACACUUGAAAGAAAUUCCGAUUCAGGAUGAUUCCUGCAAUGUUUUGUUUCUAGUGACAUGCGAUGGAAUAGAUGGAAUAGACACUUGGGAAGUGACGAGACGAGUACAGCAUUAUAUCGACUGCUUGGGAGGCGGCCAUGAUGCAGAAGACUCGAGUUAUGACUCGGAGGGUGAUCUGGACGACGCUAGUCAGCAACACCAAAAUGUGUCGCGCACAGUCAGCGACACUCUCGGUCAAGAAUUUGCAGAAUAUGUUAGCACAAAUUUGGGCGAUCGUCCUCCAGGAUAUACGGCUCGGGUCGAGUUUGCUCUCAAAUUGGGAUACACGGAGCGGCUGGUGCAAGCGGCCCUUGCGAGGCUGGGUCCUUGUCCAACGCAAAAUGAACUACUCGCGGAGUUGAUCAAACUGGGGGCACAGUGCCCAAAAAACUCAUCAGAGACAACAGAUUGCGGUGAAAGCACUCCCAGAGUGACAACAGAAGUUGGGCUAAGCACACACUCUGUCAGUGAAGAACGAUUACGACCCGUGGUCGUCGACGGCAGCAAUGUGGCUAUGAGCCACGGUAAUAAAGAAGUAUUUUCCUGCCGCGGGAUAAGGUUGUGUGUCGACUGGUUUCGAGCACGAGGUCAUCGCGACAUUACGGUUUUUGUGCCAAAGUGGAGGAAGGAGAGUCCGAGGGUAGACAAUCCAAUUAAAGAACAAGAAUUGCUCGGCGAAUUAGAGCGCGAGCGCGUACUAGUAUUCACGCCCUCUCGACUUGUUGGUGGUAAACGCAUGGUCUGCUACGAUGAUCGCUACAUCUUGAAAUUGGCUGCUGAAAAUAAUGGAGUAGUAGUUUCCAAUGACAAUUACCGCGAUCUUGCACAGGAAAGUCCAGAAUUUCGAAAGGUUAUUGAAGAGCGUAUUCUUAUGUACUCCUUUGUGAAUGAUAGAUUUAUGCCUCCCGACGAUCCACUCGGUAGAUCUGGACCAACACUUGAUCAUUUUCUUAAAAUACAGCCGCGUAAAGGAGACUCGCAACCGCCCUGUCCAUAUGGUAAAAAAUGUACGUACGGUAAUAAAUGUAAGUUUUACCAUCCGGAACGUGGUUCAUUACCUCAUAAAUCAGUAACAGAACGUCUAUCUGAGCAUGCUGCAAGACAUUUGCAGGCUCGUCGAGAUCCUAGCCCGGUACGCCGAGUUCAAGGUAAAUCACUAAGUUUACCAAUAACAAAUGAUGGCGAUAAUAGACAAUCGUCGCGUAAAACUCCUUUGGGUAGAACUCAGUCGAUUGCUCCUGAAUUGGUUUAUACGGAACCCGAUUCCUAUCCAAAAAGUGAAUCAUCAUCUGUUGGAUUCUCUAAUGCAUAUUAUAACGAAACGUCUGCAUUUAGACAACUAGCACCUCCCAAAAGUCACAGUAUUGAAAAUAUAUCUGGGGAGUACAACGUGGGUUAUGCACUGUGGGGGCCUUCAAAAGAAGUAGAAGCUGAUUCCACUAACUUGCACCGUAAAUUACAACGCCAAUUGACACUAAAUCCUGGUUGCGAUCCUCGCCUAUAUCGCAUGCAAAAUAACAGCGUAUCCACUAGUUCCAACAAUUCAAAUUGUGGUUCACAUAGAGCGUUGGGUCCCACAUUAAGCGGCCCGCAGCAAUUUUCGCAUUGGGACAUGACUAAACUUCAGCCUCAUCAGAACGUCACUCGCAUUGCUUCCGCGCCGGAUUCGAGCAGGCCAUGGCACGCAACCUCGUCGGCGGGUCCCGCUAGUACAUCGGAACCCCAAAUUAAUUUGUGGCCUCCCAGAGGCCCAACUCAUGCACUCGACACACGACGAAGAUUGCACUAUCACCUCGCUAGUAUUUUUCCCGAGGAACAAGUUCAAGCCGCCAUGCGUCUUUAUCCAGAUGAAACAAAUCCUCAGAAAAUAUGUGCAGCAAUACUGAGUAUGUUCUCGAAGUAAAAUACUGGUGUCAAAACGCUGACAAAGUUAGAGUAGAAAAAAAAUGAAAUAUAAAAAUAAUAUAUUCAAAACACUAUUUAUUCUAAUAAUA